CAUUGCCCUCCGACCCCCUCUCACUUCCUCUCACGAGCGCGACGAGAGCGAGGGAGAACAGCGAGGAGGAGAGCACUGGACGUGACCAUGUUGGAGAGGAUGGUGGAGCUCGGGAAAAAGGACGGGUGAGCAGCGAGGGCACCCUGAGGAGGCGGCGGUGGGCAUGGAGAUGACGAGGUGUGAUCAGUGCCAGCAGACGGACGCUCAUCAGUUGUUUCUUUUUCUUAAUAGCAGCAAAGUGAGUAGUUGCAUCCACAGGAAUCACUGAGGUGAGGACUAUUUUCUAGACUAUUGGAGGACAAAACCACAGUUUUAUUGUUGAUUUUUAGUUGUGGUUGUUAAAGGCUCGGAGAUGGCGGACCCAAACAAGAGAGGCGGGAGUGAUGGAGGUGAACCUGGAGACAAGCGUGUGGCCGAGGACGAGGACAAGCGGGCCAAAGACGAACACAACAAGCUGGAGAAGGAGAGCGGGCAAGUGGUGGCGCCGAGCAGGGACGUGAAGCGGGUCAAGCGGCGUCCUCCGUGGAAGAGCGGCUUGGCCCUGAGCGAGCGCCUGGCCAUCAACGUGUCGGGGAUGCGUUACGAGACACAGCUGCGCACUCUGGCUCAGUACCCCGACUCCCUGCUGGGAAACGCCCGCAAACGUCUUCGCUACUUCGACCCGGCCCGGAAUGAGCUCUUCCUGGACAGGAGCCGGGUCUGCUUCGACGCCAUCCUGUACUUCUACCAGUCGGGAGGGAGACUGCGAAGGCCCGCCAACGUGCCCUUGGACAUGUUUCUGGACGAGCUUCGCUUCUACGAGCUGGGGGAGGACAUCCUGGACCGCUUCAAAGAGGACGAAGGCUUCCCAAAGGAGGAGGAGAGACCUCUCCCCAGCGGCGACCUGCAGCGACGCCUCUGGAUGCUCUUUGAGUACCCAGAGUCCUCCAGUGCUGCUCGCAUCAUUGCCAUCGUCAGCGUCCUGGUCAUCAUCAUCUCCAUUCUCAUCUUCUGCCUGGAGACUCUGCCCGAGUUCAGGAACGAGAGGGAACAGAGGGAGAGAUUCACCAGCAUUCUUCACCCUGCGGUGGCCAACGAUAGCGUCGUGAACCCUCCGACCUUCGCUCCCUUCCAGGACCCCUUCUUCAUCGUGGAGACCAUCUGCAUCUGCUGGUUCUCCUUUGAGCUCAUCAUGCGCUUCACCUGCUCCCCCAGCAAGAUGCACUUCUUCAAGGACGUCAUGAACACCAUCGACUUCUUCGCCAUCAUUCCCUACUUUGUCACGCUGGGCACGGAGCUGGCCAAGGACAAGGGGGCGCAGCCCUCCGUGUCGCUGGCCCUCAUCAGGGUCAUCCGGCUGGUGAGGGUCUUCAGGAUCUUCAAGCUGUCUCGCCACUCAAAGGGUCUCCAGAUCCUGGGCCAGACUCUUAAAGCCAGCCUGCGCGAGCUGGCCUUGCUCAUCUUCUUCCUCUUCAUCGGGGUCAUCCUCUUCUCCAGCGCCGUCUACUUUGCAGAGGUGGACCGCCCGGACACGGCCUUCACCAGCAUCCCCGAGGCCUUCUGGUGGGCCGUGGUGUCCAUGACGACGGUCGGCUACGGAGACAUGUACCCAGAGACUGUGGGCGGGAAGCUGGUGGGCUCCAUGUGCGCAAUCGCCGGGGUGCUCACCAUCUCUCUGCCCGUGCCGGUCAUCGUGUCCAACUUCAGCUACUUCUACCACCGAGAGAUGGAGCGAGUGGACACCACAGAGUACCACCAUGUCCCCGCCUCCCUCUGGGAGAAGGACAUCCAGGACGACGAUGAUGAUGAUGAAGAGGGAGACGAAGGGCCUGAGGACACAGAGGAGCACGCGCCGCUGUACGAAAGGAACAGCAAAGCACUGGGAGAUCUGAGCGGGAUGAACUUUCUCCUCAGAGAACCUCUGGUCACUCAGGUGUGACGAACUACAGAGGAAGAGACGCUAAAGUAGAGGAGACCCACAUGGACGUUGCCAACCUGCAAUCUCCCUCAUGAAGGUCAAUUUGAGGAGUUGUGAAAACUUGUAUUUGAUUGGCGGAGUUUCCUUGCCUGGUUUACGUGUAAGAAGUGCUGUAGUCUUUGUGAAUGAGUG